AUGGGGGAGGAGGCUAUUAAGGAGGAGUUGGUUAAGGAGGAGGCUAUUAAGGAGGAAGCUGCUAAGGAGGAGCUUGUUAAGAAGGAGGCUGCUGAUGAGGAGGCUGCUGAUAAGGAGGUUGUUGAGGAGGAGUUGGCUAAGGAGGAGUGUUGA